UUUCGGCGUCGGUGAUGCAUUUCCGCUUUGUUUGCUUCUCGGAAAGUGGUUGCAGGCGCAGCUUGGCUUUGAGGAGCCGAGGCGGAAGAGAAAGCCGUCCCUCUUCGCUGCUUCGAGGGUCGCUGCCAUGGGCCGGGAAUCGAGAUCAACAAAGCAACAGUUGUCCAAACAAAAACAACAUUAUCGGAAACGCUCCUCAUCACGUGGGCGCUCUGGUAGCCGUUCCCGCAGUCGUUCUCCAUCUGACAAAAGAGCAAAACGUGGAGAUGACAGACGUUCUAGGAGUAGAGAAAGAGACCGCAGGCGUGAAAGAUCGCGGAGCAGGGACAAGAGGAGGUCUCGAUCGCGUGACAGAAAACGGGUGAGGCGCUCAAGAAGUAGAGAGAGGGAAAGGAGUAGAGAGAGAAGACGAUCACGCAGCCGGGAGAGAAGACGAUCUGGAAGCCGGAGCAGAGGCAGACGGUCUCGAUCUUCCAGCCCUGGCAAGAGCAAGAAAGUAGAAAACAGAUCACGCUCUACAGAAAAGAUAGAAGGUGUGGAAGUUAACAAAGACAAGAAAAAAGAGAAAGAGGACAAGGAAGAAGAAAAGGAUAAAGAUGUAAAUAAUUUUGAUCAAAAUAAAUUGGAAGAGGAAAUGAGAAAACGAAAAGAACGAGUAGAAAAAUGGAGAGAAGAGCAGCGCAAGAAAGCUAUGGAAAAUAUAGGAGAACUGAAGAAAGAAAUUGAAGAGAUGAAGCAGGGGAAGAAAUGGAGUUUAGAAGAUGAUGAUGAUGAUGAUGAAGAAACUGCAGAAGGAGAAAAAGAAGGUAAUGAAAUUGAAGAUGAAGAGCUAGAUCCACUAGAUGCAUACAUGGAAGAAGUAAAAGAAGAGGUCAAGAAAUUUAAUAUGAGAAGUGUAAAAGGUGGAGCUGGAAGUGAAAAGAAAUCGGGUCCAACAGUUACAAAAGUAGUAACUGUAGUGAAAACCAAGAAAGCUUCUCCAGAGACUGAAAAGAAGAAAGGAGAACUCAUGGUGAAUGAUCAAGAUGCAAUGGAGUAUUCCUCUGAAGAGGAGGAAGUUGAUCUCCAGACUGCACUGACAGGCUACCAAACGAAACAUAGGAAAUUGCUGGAACCAGUGGAUCAUGGAAAGAUUGAAUAUGAGCCUUACAGGAAAAAUUUCUAUGUUGAAGUUCCCGAGCUAGCCAAAAUGACUGUGGAAGAGGUAAAUGCAUACAGAUUGGAAAUGGAAGGAAUUACAGUCAAGGGUAAAGGAUGUCCCAAGCCAAUCAAAACCUGGGUACAGUGUGGUAUUUCUAUGAAAAUCCUGAAUUCCCUGAAAAAACAUGGCUAUGAAAAGCCCACCCCUAUCCAGGCCCAAGCUAUACCUGCAGUUAUGAGUGGACGUGAUUUAAUCGGCAUUGCUAAAACAGGAAGUGGAAAGACUAUUGCAUUUCUGCUGCCCAUGUUCAGACACAUCAUGGAUCAGAGAUCAUUAGAAGAAGGCGAAGGUCCAAUAGCUGUCAUUAUGACACCUACUCGAGAACUAGCUCUACAGAUUACAAAGGAAUGUAAGAAAUUCUCAAAGACUCUUGGGGUUAGAGUCGUGUGUGUAUAUGGAGGCACAGGAAUAAGUGAACAGAUUGCUGAACUGAAAAGGGGUGCGGAAAUAAUAGUUUGCACACCUGGUCGUAUGAUUGAUAUGUUAGCAGCUAAUAAUGGUCGGGUGACAAAUCUUCGGAGAGUGACAUAUGUUGUCCUUGAUGAAGCAGAUAGAAUGUUUGACAUGGGCUUUGAGCCUCAGGUUAUGCGCAUUGUAGACAAUGUGAGACUUGAUCGCCAGACCGUGAUGUUUUCUGCUACUUUCCCUAGAGCCAUGGAGGCUUUAGCUCGCCGUAUUCUCAGCAAACCAAUUGAGGUCCAAGUUGGUGGCCGGAGUGUUGUCUGUUCAGAUGUUGAACAGAAAGUGGUUGUCAUAGAGGAAGAGAGCAAGUUCUUGAAAUUGCUUGAGCUACUAGGACAUUAUCAGGAAAAAGGAGCUGUCAUUAUAUUUGUGGAUAAACAGGAACAUGCUGAUGGAUUACUGAAAGAUUUGAUGAGAGCUUCUUACCCCUGUCUUUCACUUCAUGGAGGUAUUGACCAAUAUGACAGAGACAGCAUAAUCAAUGAUUUUAAGAGUGGAGUAUGCAAACUGCUUGUGGCUACAUCAGUAGCAGCUCGAGGUCUUGAUGUAAAGCAUCUUAUGCUUGUAAUCAACUACAGUUGUCCUAAUCAUUAUGAGGAUUAUGUGCACAGGGCAGGCAGAACUGGGCGUGCAGGCAACAAAGGUUAUGCCUAUACUUUCAUAACUGAAGAUCAAGCACGGUAUGCUGGUGAUAUAAUUAAAGCUUUGGAGUUGUCAGGUACCGCAGUUCCUCCUGAGCUAGAGAAACUUUGGAUUGAUUUCAAAGAUCAGCAGAAAGCUGAGGGGAAAUCGAUUAAAAAAAGUAGCGGCUUCUCUGGUAAAGGAUUCAAGUUUGAUGAAACAGAAGAAGCUUUGGCAAAUGAGCGGAAGAAGUUACAAAAAGCGGCACUUGGCUUGCAGGAUUCAGAUGAUGAAGAUACAGCAGUUGAUAUUGACGAGCAGAUUGAAAGCAUGUUCAAUUCAAAGAAAAGAGUGAAGGACAUGGCAACCUCUGGUGGUUCAUCUAAUGUUCCUGCCCCUACAGCAGGAAAUGCAGAGAAAUUAGAAAUUGCUAAGAGAUUGGCAUUGAGAAUCAAUGCACAGAAGAAUCUUGGAGCCGAGGCACAAGUAUUGGUGUCUUUUCAGUUUAAGGAUGUGAUGCAGCAAGCUACAAACGCUAUCCUGAGGGGUGGCACAAUUCAGGCUCCCACGGUUUCUGCAAAAACAAUUGCGGAGCAACUCGCUGAGAAGAUCAAUGCCAAGCUCAAUUAUGUGCCUAUCGAAAAACAAGAGGAGGACAAGCAGGAGGGACAAAAUGAAUCUUUUAAGAGAUAUGAGGAAGAACUGGAGAUCAAUGAUUUCCCUCAGACUGCUAGAUGGAAAGUGACUUCAAAGGAAGCACUGCACAGAAUAAGUGAAUAUUCUGAAGCUGCCAUUACAAUCAGAGGAACCUAUUUUCCUCCAGGCAAAGAACCCAAGGAGGGGGAAAGAAAAAUUUACUUAGCUAUUGAGAGUGCCAACGAACUGGCUGUUCAGAAAGCAAAGGCAGAAAUCACUAGGCUUAUCAAAGAAGAGCUUAUCCGAUUGCAAAAUUCAUACCAACCAACCAACAAAGGAAGAUACAAAGUUUUAUAAAUAUUUGGAGCAACUUUCUCUCUACUAGUUUCUCAUUUGUGAAACAUUUUUGCUUACCUUUGUUGUUUAUUGCUUAUUUGUACAUUGCUUUUUAAAAAUAUUGUAAUUUGAUUAAAGAUCAAGAUCAAAAUUAUUUUGGUGGGGGAUUGUUUUCUGCAUAUAGAACAACAGUUUCAGAUGGGCAUAUUUUUUUUUAAUUUCUACUAUUUUCAUUUUCAACUUAAUAAAUAAAGUCAGUUAAUAAUCUUCAUGAACAUUAUAUAGUACAAUCCCAGUUCAAAAUAUUUCAGGUAGGAGUGGGAUGUUACAGCUAUUUUUUUGCUCAUUUUUAGGAAAAGAAAAAUGAUUUAGAAUGAAGAUUAAAAUUUCUUCUGUUGUGUUUUAGAUUUCCCCUCCUCCUUUCCACCAUUUCCUGGUGAUAUUAAGAACCUUAUGAUCUUCUGGAAUGUCAUGUCAAAAAAGAGUUGAGUUGACUGAUGGAUAACAGUAUUACAUUUUUGAAAACAACCAAGUAAUACAAAUAUAUAUUUAAUUAAGGGAAAUAUUGUACUUCUGUAAUAUGAGAACUCUUGGAUAGAGAAGUAUAGAUUUAAUCUAGCUCACCGCAUAGAAAGGGUAGUUUAUUUUCCCAUUUUUUUUCAUGAUUACAUAAAAAUAAUUACUCAAGCACCUUCAGCAUUGAUUACUGUUUUCUUGGAAGACAGCAACCAGUUUGAGCAUCACAUUUGAUUUCAAAGUGUUUAACUGUUGGUACCCAUAUGAAUUGUUACAAAAUAACUUUCAAAUUCCUGUAGUUUUAAUUUUAGUAGUAUUCUAUAAUUGGAGCUUUCGGUAGGUAUGUAAUAUUCCUAGUUUAGAAAUGUCCUAUGAAAAAGCGUGCCCCUCUGUACAAAAACCAAUUUUCAAUGUAAAAUAUGAGCAGAGUUCUAAAUUUAAAAGCAUGCAGACCAUUCCCAGAAAUCGGAAUAAUUGGGGGGGGGGGGGGGGGUCUAUGGCAAUAGGGAUGGAAUUACUGAUAAAGGAAUAGCCAAUUCCUAAAACUGCUUGUCUCACUAACCAGGAGGAAAAAAAUGGAAGGGAAGAUUAAUAUUAGGUAUUAAUUUGCUCAAUGGCUUUUAAAACUUUCUUUCCUUUAGAUUUUAAUGGAAGGAAGAAAAUAUAUGUCAAUUCUAGGACUGUUCUAAUUUUGUACCCCAUUCCAAGUGCUGGGGUGUCUGAGGAAUCUGGAAGUUGCAUCCAAUGGAUCUCAGACUUUUUUGUCUCUAUUACCUAUAGGGCAUUGCCAGUGUGGCAGCUUUUUCAGUAAAGUUUUCUGUUGCUAAUUCAUCUACUGAUGACCCUGGGACAUUCUCUCUAAAAUGUCAAAUACUCAUAUUUUUCAAAACAUUAAGUUGAAUAGACUGAGAGUUGUUAACUGUUUCAUUUUUAGACAGUGACAUCUUUCUUUGUGCUAUAUUGUGGCUCUUUUAUGUUUUUGUUUUAAAGCUAACAUUUAAUUUUGAAGUACUGGAAAGAGAAAAGUAAGAAUAUGGUUUUGAUUUGAAAUACUCUUAUGUUGGGAAAUUUCUUAGAAAAGCCCUGAUGACACUUUCAUAUAGGGAAAAAUUAAUUCUUACUAUAUUUAAUAGUGUGUUGCAGUGGUUUAGUUGUUGGCUAGGACCAGGGAGAAACAGAUCAGAUCCACCCUCCCUCAGCUGUAGAAGCUCACUGGUGACUCUCCUUCCUCCUCCCUGUCUUGUCUCUCACAACUCAAUUUUCUUCACAGGGUUAUUGUUAGGGGGGAAAGUUGGAGAUGAGACUAUUAGCUAUCUGCCUUGAGUUUCUGGAGAAGAAGUUGAAUAUGAAGCUAAUCAGAAAAACACACUUUCAGUUUUAGAAGGAAUGCAAGCCUUUGUUUAAAAAAUGUGUUUCACUAUAUACAUGUUUUCUAACUGCUUCAUUAAAUAAAUAGAAUUGUCUAAUUCUUUUCUGUACAUAUUGAAUAAGAAAAAUAUAUAUCCUGCUUUCAUGGCCCCAGACUAUUAUUUAUACAUAAUCAUUUCAUUAAAGAAGUCUGUUGGUUUUAAAAACCUUCAGUGAUAAGUUUGUAAAGCACUGCAGUUUUAAGAUGUGUCCAGUUGUGUCUGUUCUCUAAGGGGAGGCUCUGAUUCAGCAGAGAUUCUAGUGAGAUACAAGGAAGCAUUUUUGCUAAUUCUCCUUUGGUGCUUCAACCUGUCAAACCUCUUUCUCACCAAAUGCACUCCAAAGAAUUGGAGAAAACUUUGGAACAAUGUAGAAAGUUAAAUGGGAGAAGAAAUUUGCAGAAAGCAUGUAUUUUUCUGUUCACGGAAGCUUCCACUUAAUUAAAAAUUUGGGAGAGGUGUUUGUUUUUACAGCAGAAAUAAAAUUACUGUAGUCAUUCUACUUAUAAACCACUAAAUCAACAGACUCAAUGGUUUACAGAAUAAUCAGCUUAAUUGGAUACAACCUGCAAUCUAGAAACCUUAAACUAUUUAAACUGUAUUUUGUUUCAUCAUCUGCAAAUGAGUGUUUGAAUGCAAGACUUUGUUGACUCAAUUGAUUUCGCCUCUUUGAAUA